AUGAUAAUUCCUUAUAGGAAGAAGAUGCCACAGCUUCUGCGUUGUAGACGGUACUUUGCAUCGAGUUGCCAGCGGUACGCUCAGACUCUUACUGAGAAAAUUAUUCAGAGACAUGCAGAUAGUAAGAAGUUGGUUAGUUGUGGUGAUUACAUUUCCGUUAAGCCAGCGUUUUGUAUGUCGCACGAUAAUUCCUGGCCGAUAGCGUUGAAGUUCAUGGAAUUGGGAGCCGCCGAGGUGCAUGACGCCCGUCAGAUCGUGUGUACUUUGGACCAUGAUGUACAGAAUCGGUCUGAUAAGAACCUCACAAAGUACAGAAAUAUUGAGAAUUUUGCGAACAAGCACGGAAUUGACUUCUAUCCCGCCGGGCGGGGUAUCGGACACCAGAUUAUGGUGGAGGAGGGGUACGCUUAUCCGUUUAAUCUGACUGUAGCUUCAGACUCUCAUUCCAACACAUAUGGUGGGAUUGGGUGUUUGGGUACGCCAAUUGUGAGAACUGAUGCUGCUGCUAUUUGGGCGACGGGCAAGACUUGGUGGCAGAUCCCCCCUGUUGCCGAAGUGCAGCUCACGGGAUCGUUACCUGCGGGAGUUACUGGUAAGGAUGUGAUAAUUGCGCUGUGCAGUGCAUUUGGCAAGGAUGAAGUUUUGAAUCAUGCAUGUGAAUUCACUGGCGAAGGUGUUGCAGAACUGUCAAUAGAUGCUAGACUCACCAUCGCGAACAUGACUACUGAAUGGGGAGCGUUAUCGGGCUUAUUUCCAGUCGAUGAAAGGUUAAUAGAGUGGUAUAAAAGGUUACUUGAGAAAGUAGGACCCAAACAUCCACGAAUUACUCAAAAAGCUAUCGAUGGAUUAGUCGAGCAAGCUGCAACAAUGAAGGCAGAUCCUGGAGCAAGAUACGCCAAGAGACUGACACUGGACUUAUCCACGCUAUCUGCUCGUGUGAGUGGGCCCAAUAGCGUAAAGAUUAGUAACACUGUAGAGGACUUAUCUAGACAGAACAUUCGGAUUAACAAGGCGUACCUACUUUCGUGCACAAAUUCCAGACUCAGCGACCUUCAGGCGGCAUCACGCGUGCUCUGUCCAACCGGUGAUUUGAACAAAGUGUUAAAGGUUGCCCCUGGAGUUGAAUUCUACGUUGCAGCUGCCUCAUCAAAGGUUGAACAAGAUGCCAAGAAUGCAAAAUAUUGGGACAUUUUAGUAAAAGCAGGCUGCAAGCCACUGCCAGCAGGCUGUGGACCCUGUAUUGGGUUAGGCACCGGUCUACUGGAGCCUGGCGAGGUAGGUAUUUCUGCCACAAAUAGGAACUUUAAGGGAAGAAUGGGAUCUAAAGAUGCACUCACGUAUCUAGCGUCGCCGGUGGUCGUUGCCGCGUCGGCUGUUCUUGGCAAAAUAGCUUCACCUUCGGAAGUCUUGGAGGUUGCCAAGACAGAGUCAUCAGAAGUGAAGACUACCGUGACGGAAUUACAGGCUCCCGAAGUAGAAGUACCUGAAUCUGUUGAAAUGCUUGAGGGCUUUCCUACUAAGGUAAUGGGAGAACUUGUUUUUUGCGAUGCGGAUAAUAUAAACACCGAUGGUAUCUAUCCUGGUAAGUACACUUACCAAGACGACGUCACAAAGGAGCAAAUGGCAAAAGUGUGUAUGGAAAACUAUGAUCCUAAAUUCGGUAAAAAGGUAAAUGCUGGCGACAUUUUAAUUUCUGGAUACAAUUUUGGUACCGGAUCAUCUCGUGAACAAGCUGCUACUGCUAUACUUGCGAAGGGAAUAAAAGUUGUAGUUAGUGCGUCGUUUAGCAAUAUCUUUUUUAGGAAUUCCAUCAAUAACGCACUACUGACAUUGGAAUUGCCAGAUUUGCUUCAACUACUGAGAACGAGAUAUAAAGAUCAAGAAUGUGAGUCAACUCGCAGGACCGGAUGGUUUUUCAAUUGGGACAUUGUUCAAUCUAGAAUCAGUGUCAACGAGGGCUCUUUUGAAGGUAAAGAAAUUUUUAAUAGGACUGUUACACCCUUAAGCAGAAAUCUGCAAGAAAUUAUUGUCGAAGGCGGCCUAGAAAAUUGGGUUAAAUCUCAAUUGAAGUGA